CCCGAAUCCGUGGACCCCUACAUGUCGUUGUUUUAUGUUCAUGUAUAUAACUGAAACUCAGCGCUUACGUUUUUUAUUUCUAGAAACAACUUCAAUUUUCUCUCACAUCACAAUCCCCAAUUCCAAUCUUAAUUAUCCCCUCAAGUUUGAAGAUAAGGUUAAAACAUGGCUGGUGGGAAUUUUAUGCACAGAGUUAUUUCUUAUUUUGUGAAUGAAGUGGUUGUCAAUGGUCUUGCCAACAGCCCUGCAUUUCAGAGGUUUGCAGUGAGGACAUCGAAGAAUAUUGAAGAUAUUUCAAAAAAAGCUAUUCAGAAGCGGCAAGAGCUUGCUGAGCAGAUCAAGGACCUCCCCAAAAAAAUGGAGUCUUUCAAGAACCAGUGAUUCUGUCAUUUUUUGCUGCUUUUGCUGAAGGAUAAUAAAGCCUGAUUCUCUAUCCCAAAAUGCUAAUGGAGACUGUAAAUUUAUUUUUGUUGUUGAUUUUGGUUUGUGUCUCAUGAUUUCAUGGCUUCUUCCAGUUUGUUUGCUGAACCAAAAGCAAGAUUAGGAUACUAAUUAUAGUUUAUGAUAUUGUGCUACUGAUUAUCAGUCUGUUUCUAUUUGAAACUAUUGAAGGCUGAGUACACAUUGAUAGAGAAAUUUAAAGUUAUAUUUUAGAGUUAUUAACGAUGUCAUGCUAAGCUUUACGUGGAUGUUUAAUUAUAUUCCGCCA